AUGUCCGUGUACGACCCUCUUGGAUUGUUAGCCCCAUUGCUGCUACCUGGUAAGAUAAUACUUCAGGAUCUAUGUAUAACUUCUGCCGCUUGGGACGACCCCCUUCCAGACAUACUUCAAGACAGGUGGAAUAGGUGGAAAACAUAUAUUCUCCAACUCGAAAGGGUCUCCAUUGACAGGUGUUAUAAGCCAAAAGACUUUGGGGAAGUCAAGAAUGUCGAGCUACGCCACUUCUGUGAUGCGAGCAACCUUGGUUACGGUCAUUGUACAUACCUGAGAAUGACUAAUGGAAGGGGAGAAGUACACUGUACGCUUGUGUUGGGCAAAUCCAGAGUGUCACCAAUCAAGACAGUCACAGUACCAAGGCUGGAACUGACUGCAGCCGUCCUGUCAGUGAAGAUGAGCGCCUUUCUUCAAGCUGAGCUAGACCUCAAAAUUGGUAGGGAGGUCUUUUGGACUGAUAGCCGAGUGGUGCUAGGCUACAUCAAGAACGAGACAAGGCGUUAUCAUGUCUUUGUUGCAAAUAGAGUGCGCCAAAUUAGAGAUGAAUCGUCACCCAAUCAAUGGAGGCAUGUCAGCACUCAAGAUAAUCCAGCUGAUGCCCCAUCAAGAGGACUCACGUUCGAUCAGCUUGAAGCAUCAAAGUGGUUCAUGGGUCCAGACUUCAUUUGGGAAAGGGAGAUUCUGGAAGAGACUGAGGAAGAAGCUACUGUCAUUCCUAAAGAUCUUGGAUUGAAAAGCAACACUCAUGCCUCAGUAAAAGAGGUAGAUGAGCUCGAGUUAGGACGAUUUGAUCAUCUCUCUAGUUGGUAUCGAGCAAAGAGAGCUGUGGCGUACUGCCUCCGUCUCAAAUCAUACUUACAGAGAUGCUGCCAUGCAAGACGAGAUGGGAAAGAUGUCAAGAAAGUUGUGAUGGAACCUCUGACUACUGAACUACUUCUUCAUGCAGAGAAGGAAAUCAUAAGACUGAUUCAGAGGAGGACAUUUGAUGAAGUGAAAUCAUCAGGGAUCAGCAAGUCUCACAACGAAAGAGAAAGAAGGCGUCAUUGCAAGGAGACCAGUCGCUUGUGUCGUCUUGACCCAUUUAUAGAUGAUGAUGGCAUCCUUAGAGUUGGAGGACAUUUGAGGAGAUCUGACCUCUCAUUUGAAAGCAAAAAUCCUGCCAUCCUUCCUCAAAUUCACCUGACCAAGUUAAUUGUAUCUCAGUGUCAUACUGAGGUGGCUCAUGGAGGAAGAGGCAUGACGACUAACCGUCUCAGAGCAAAGGGAUAUUGGAUCUUGGGUAGCAGCAACUUCAUCUCAAAAUUCAUCUCCCAAUGUGUAGUCUGUCGAAGACUUCGACAACCUCCACAAAUUCAGAAAAUGGCAGACUUACCUGAGGACCGUCUUUCCCCAGCUCCACUAUUUACGUAUGCUGGAGUUGAUUGCUUUGGGCUUUGGCUAAUAAAGGAAGGACGGAAAGAACUGAAACGCUAUGGUAUGAUAUUCACAUGUAUGGCAUCGAGAGGUAUUCAUAUUGAAGUUCUACACUCCCUCUCCACCGACUCCUUCACCAACGGUCUCAGACGCUUCUUUCUGUCAAAGGCCCUGUGA